AUGGUCAACACCCCAGUACAAGUUUGUGUCAGAACGAGACCGACUGCUUUCUUUGCUCAGGAUGUGAUUGUUCUUGAUGAAUCAAAAAAGAGCAUUGAGAUUAAGAAUAAGGGAAGAUCUGGAAAACAAUCGGGAAAUGUAAAUUAUUUGGAAACAAAGAAGGAAGAUUAUUCAUUCAAAUUUGAUAAAACACUUCAUAAUGUAUCACAAGAUACAGUAUUUAAUGAAUGUUGUUAUGAUAUUACAAAAUCAUUCCUUGAAGGUUAUAAUGGAACUGUGAUGGCCUAUGGUCAAACUGGUUCAGGUAAGACCUACACCAUGAUUGGAGCUGCCAACAAUUAUAAGAAUAGAGGUUUAAUACCAAGAGCAAUUCAACAAGUGUUUGCCGAAAUGUCAAAUUAUCCUGAAAAAUCAUUUACAUUACGAGUUUCUUAUAUGGAAAUCUAUAAUGAACAAUUAUUUGAUUUAUUAUCUGAUAUUAGUGACACUCAAUUGGCAAAAGCUAAAAAUGAUGCAUACGAUGACAAUAUGGUUAUUAUGGAGGAUAAUAAGGGAACUAUCAUGGUUAGAGGAUUGUCAUGUCACAUUGUUAAUAGUGAGGAAGAAGCCUUAUCAAUGCUUUUUGAAGGUGAAACAAACAGAGCUAUCUGUGAACAUCAAUUGAACAAGGCCUCAACAAGAUCUCACUGUGUUUUUACAAUGUAUUUGGAAAGUAGAAGUAGAGUUGAAUCAGAAGGUCAAACCGUUCAAUCCAAGUUGAAUUUGGUUGACUUGGCUGGUAGUGAAAGAGUUUCUAAAACUCACUCUAGUGGACUUGUUCUCACUGAAGCAAAAUACAUCAACAAGUCACUUUCGUUUUUGGAACAGGUUGUUAUUGCAUUGGGAAAUCCAACAAGAGAACACAUCCCUUACAGACAAUCCAAGCUUACCUAUUUCUUAAAGGAUUCUUUAGGAGGUAAUUGCAAAACUUUGAUGAUUGCGAACGUAUGGGGAGAAGAACAACAUAUUGAAGAAACAAUUGGUACGCUUAAAUUCGCCACUAGAAUGAUGAGAGUUUCCAACGAAGCAAUGAUUAAUGUUCAUAUGAACCCAGAUGCUCUCAUUAAAAAGUAUGAAAAGGAAAUUAAAGAGCUGAAACAAGAACUAUCCAUGCACGAUCAAUUGAGAGGAAUCAAUCAAGCAAAUUAUGACCCAUACACCGAGGAACAAAAGGUUGAAUUGAGAAAGGAAAUUAGAAGCUAUGUAAAUGGAGAAGUGGAAGAGUUGGAAAUUAAAAACAUCAGAAGAAUUAAGGAAAUAUUCGUACAAUUCAAAACCUUGUUGAAAGAGGCCUCUUCUUUCACAGAACCAGAGUCUAUUCAUUCAGCUUCUAACAGAGAAAAACAGCAAACAGCUCCAGCUUCCAAUUUUGCAGGAAAAAUCCAUGAAGAGAAAAUUCAUGAGGAAAAUGGAGUUGGUGAAGUUGAAAGUAAGACUGGUUUUGGAUUUGGAGAGGCAAAACCAAAUGUUGAUUUCCAAAAGAAAACAAAGAAAGCUACAGUUUUAUCAGCAAGGGAAGAAAGAUCUACCUCAGCUGUUGUUCCUGAUACUGAAAGGUCAAAAACUGCCAGCAAGAUUAUCAUGCCCAGAAACGAUGCCUUUGAGGAGUUUAAACACACAGUUGGAAAACAAUUAAGUGAAAGUAUUAAGGAAAAUUCUGCUUCCUUGAAGGAAAAGAAAUCUCUCUUCAAGAAUGUAACCCAAAGGCUUAAUGAUAUCAAGGCAGAUAUUGAUAAUUUAAAGACCAAGAUUGAUAAGAAACAAGUUGAAAAUGCACAUUUGGGAGAUGAUAUUGUGGAUGAAGAAGAAAUGCUAUUCUUCCAAAGCAUUAAGGAAAGAAAGGAAACAUACAAGCAAUCCUUUGAGGAAAGAAAGAUGUUGAAAUCCGAAAUUGAUUAUCUUGAGAAGGCCUUAGAAACUUUGAGACAAUCUCUUGUAGCUGAUUUCCAAGCCUAUUACGACGAAAGGUACAUGGAAGAAGAAGACAAUAGACCAACUCAAUCAUCUAGAAGUUCCAGAUACAGAGGAUUAGAUCAGGAAGGAAAAGAAGAUGUGUUGGAUGAGGGUGAAAAAUUCGAAAAGCUCCAAAUUGAAAGACUUCAACAAGAAGACCCAGAGAGUCUUAACUAUUAUCUUGCCUAUAAGAAAGCUUCCAAGGUGAAGAAGAGUGUAAAUAGGAGACAAUAA